AUGGAUAGCAAGGUCUCUCCAGACGCGGGUGCUUCAAAGAGCCAACAAGAUGAUGAAUCCUUCAAAAACAACACUGUCGUCAACGCCACAGACGUUGAGAUUCCUACCCAGUCUCGCCUAUCAGCCAUUACAGCAAUCCUGACGAGUGGCCUCGCUCUAUUUUCAGAUGGCUACAACGCGCAGAUCAUUGGAUACAUGAACCCGGUAUUUGCCAAGCUAUACCCCGACAGCUUCUCCAGCUCGAUCAAGACUCGACUCUCCAAUGCAUUUCUUAUCGGCGAAGUCCUCGGCAUGCUCUUCUUUGGCUAUGCUAUUGAUAGGCUUGGUAGACGGACUGGUAUAGUGUUUGCUACCUUGUUCUUGGUUCUGGGUAUCAUCCUGGCUACUGCGGCGCAUGGCAAGACUGAGCUGGGCAUGUUCUGGAUGAUGAUCGUUGGACGAGGUGUUGCGGGGUUUGGUGCUGGUGGCGAAUAUCCUACUUGCGGUACAGGAAGUACUGAAGCUUCAGACGAGACCUCAUUCGUGAGACGUCGACGUGGACUUCUGGUCGCCGCUGCAACAGACUUCUCCAUUGAUCUCGGAUUUGUCAUGGCAGGUGUCGUGGCAUUAAUCGUGCUUGCAGCCUAUCAUCAACAUGUUGGUGACGGCGUGUGGCGAAUCAAAUUUGGCAUCGGCUUUAUCCUACCAGUAGCUCUUCUGUUCCUUCGACUUCGCCAGUUUGACUCGACACAAUACAAGAAGCAUGCGAUCAAGCAGGACAUACCGUACCUGCUUGUCAUCAAGAGAUAUUGGAAGCCGAUGCUUGGAACAUCACUGGCCUGGUUUUUCUAUGACUUUGUGACAUAUCCUUUCGGAAUCUUCAGCUCGACGAUCAUCGCUACUUUGAAUCCUGAGGACACACUUCAGCAGAACAUCGGUUUCGGUACAGUUGUGAAUUGCUUUUACCUCCCCGGUUGCGUCGUUGGAGGACUUCUUAUGGACCGCAUUGGACGCAGACAAACCAUGACUCUGGGUUUCCUCGGAUGGACGAUCCUAGGUUUCAUCAUCGGUGGCGCGCUUUCCCCAAUCCAGUCUGUCUUUCCCUUGUUCAUUGUGCUGUAUGGCAUCUUCAACGCACUAGGAGAGAUGGGCCCUGGCGUCGCCACGUUUCUCUGUGCUGCAGAGUCUUUCCCAACACCUCUGCGAGGUCACUUCUUAGGCUUUGCAGCAGCAAUGGGCAAGGCUGGUGCGGCGAUUGGGACACAAGCUUUUACGCCAAUCCAAGAUUCCUUUUCCGACAAACAGCGAGGCAUUCAGGCCGUAUUUCUCAUCGGAGCUGGCUUUGCCGCAGUGGGUGGACUUGUUUCAUGGUUUCUCAUUCCAGACAAGGACAAGGAGCUCGAGAGCGAAGACGCUCAAUUCCGACUGUACCUGGAGCAGAAUGGGUACAAGGGAUCAUUUGGUGAAGUGUCGAAGGACUAG